CGUAAACAAACAGGAAGGCGGGAAACAGCGAGCAGGCAGCAGUGGAGACGGGAAGGUGUGGACACUGUGGAGGAGCUGUAGGAGGAUUAUAGAGGUGGUGUUGCCGUCCAUCUCCACAACACUACAACACCAUGCCAAAGAGACGCGCCAUUACCAACUCGGAGGAAUCAGAGGACAUCUUUCCGAGUCAGAGGAGGAGGAAAUCUGUGUCCCAGGAAGAAGAGGAUGACAUCAUUCCAACUCAGAGAAGGAAGAAAGCUUUGUCUCUCAGAAAUAAUGAGGAAGACAUUUUUGAAAGUCAGACAAGGAAGAAAGGUUUGUCCCUGCGUAAGGAUGGUGAGGAGAACAUCUUGCAGAGUCAGAGAAGGAAGAAAGGUUUAUCUAUCAAGGAUGACGAGGAGGAUAUCUUUGAAAGUCAGCGAAGGAAGAAAACUUCGUCUCGCAAGGAUGAGGAGGAUGUUUUUCAGAGUCCAAGAAGGAAGAAAGGUUUGUCCCGGCACGAGGAGGAGGAGGACGGUGAUGUGCUGCAUGUCAACUCACUGUUUGGGGAGCUGGUGAAGAAGGCCGGCUACAUCCUGCGGAAGGAUAACCUGCCCAACCUUCUGAAUUGUGAUCAGGCUAUCUUUCAAAAGGACCUGAGAUACAGCCUCAAGUCUCACCCUGUCUUCCGUCUGCCGGAAAUUGCUGACAAGUUUGUGAAGGGACUGGAAGACCACAUUGAAGACCCACAGCGACUCAAGUGGUCCUUGCUGUACACUCAGACUGAGAGUGGGUGUGAGACGGCCCGAGGUGGCCAGCAGGACUCCCUCGUCCGCUUGUGCCUCAACAUAGAUGAGCUCCAGCCGCCCCUCAUCCAGCUCCUGACAGAGAAGCUGCUGGAGGCUGCCAAUGAUGAUGAGGCAAGCAGUGAUGCCAAUAUUCCGAGUUUGAUCCUGGCAAACUUGAAGUGGUUGGACUGCAUUGUUGACUCUGACACUCUGACAACCAAGAUUGUGGAAAUUAUUGAAGGUUCUCCUUUCAAGGUCCAGCGAGAGGUGAUCACUUACGUCCCCAACAUAGUCACUGACUCAGACCAUCCCAGACUGGCUGAAAUGUUGUGUGACCUGUAUGGCUCGACUCCAGACCUCACCCCUGCCAUACUGGACAGCCUGGGACAACUGACCCUCCCCAAGGACAGUCUGGCAGAGGUGUUCCAUUCUGUCCUGAAGACCCUCCACGCUGCCAAACCGGAGCAGCUCCCUGUCAUUAUCAAGUUCCUCCUCACCAACACUCAGCCCAAUUUGGCGUACCAGACUCUCUGUGACGUGCGUGAAAAGAUGAACCUUCCCGGAGACUGCCGCCCAACCAGACUGUCCCCCAGGAAAGCCAUGAGCAGCAGCAUUCCUUCCACAGCCAGAGAUGACCCUGCUUAUGAAACGAUCCUGCUUAACAACAUCAAGAUGACAACUCUUACACACAAGUUUCUGGCCACAAGUUGGUUAAAGGCUAUCCAGGAUGUGUGUGAUGUGGCCAGUGUGAGGCCCAUUGACUUCCUGCUGCUGCUGAUCCUGUACGACGCCAUGCCCUCACAGCGACACCCCAUCGAGAGCAUCUUCAGGAACAGAAUACGGACAAGACUCUUCUCAGACGCAGUUCUGGGGAAGAUAUUUGCCAACCAUAUUGUUGCUCUUAAAGAAAAUUUUAAGUCACUGAAGAAGAUUUGCAGUUUACUCCUGAGAUCUGUGGAGCCUGUUGUCAGCCAAACUGCAGCUACUUUAUACAAGUUGUCUUUCCUACACCUGGAUGGGCACUACAGGCAGGAGUGCAUGCUGGCCCUCCUCAACCACCUUGGGGACACUUCAGCAGUGCGGCACACAGCUCUCACGGUGCUGUCCACGCUGGCACACAAACACACUGCUGACAUGUCCAAGUUCACCAUUUUCAUCAAGGGCUCCAUGGAGAUGAUGGAUGAGCUGAGCAUGAGGGAGGUGAAGAGGCUGCUUGAUGUGGUGAGUCUGCUGGUGUUCAGUGACAACUCACACGCCGCCCUGCAGGAUGAACUCAUGAUUCUUGUGAGGAAGCAGCUGUGUCACACUGACCUUAAAUACAAACACAUCGGGGUGUUGACGGCUGCACUCCUCCUGAAGAACAUGGUGAAUGAGGAGGAUAGUGACAUCAGUGAACGUUCAUUAGAGAGUGAGAGGUCGCUCCUGAACACCACUGCCCUGAAGGAAGCUGAGAACCUGCUGUGUCUGGUGAUGUCCUCCACCGCCCACACGCCCACGGCUGUAGCGCUGUUCAUGGAUGAACUGGCUUCCAUAUCUCUCAGGGAAAAUAUGAAUAGUAAACUUGAGGAGUUUAUAUGUGAAAAGAUGACAAAUGAAUUUCAAAACAACUUUGUGAUAGAAUUUGACGACGAUACCACUCAUCCACAAGAACCGUUUGCAAUGGCAGCGUCCUGGAACCUGGAUGCUGGCGUUGAAGGGGCCUGCAUUGCCCUCAACCUUGCCCCAUUGGUGGUCAAGGCAGAGUCUUCAAGGACUGAGUCAAGUGAUAAAAAAACAAAGCUGGUGUACCUGACGCCACAGUUUCGUCUGCUGCGCAUGCUGGAAUGUCGCAUUCGGAACGGUGAUCUGGUCAGCAUCGAUGCUCUGCUUGGCUGUCCCAUCAUCAGUCCCACUCCUGAGGUGUAUGACAACUUUGACACCCUUGUAGUGUCAGAGCAACAUGUGGCACUUUCUUGCCUCUUUUACACAGUCAACUGGUUUCGUGAGCUGCUGAAUGCUUUUGUCACGCAGAAAGACCGUGAAAUAAAGGACAGGGUAUAUAAACGUCUUGACCAAGUAAUAGAACUUGAGAACUUGAUUGCCAAGUACGUGCCAAAGUGUCCUGGCUAUGUGCCUCCAAUAGCUGUGUUUGAUUUGGACUGCUCCAUGACCACGCUCUCUGUCAAUGUGAUCACCACCAAGAAGGGAAAGAGAGGCAGGAAGCCUGGAUCUGGGAAAGGGAAAGGUGCAAAGUCUAAAGGAAAAACUGCCAACACCAAUGCAACUCAGCUUGGGAGUCAGGUGUGCUCCCAGCCCACCAGUCAGGUGCCACUCAGCCUGGCCACACAGUCACAGGCUAACAAGACCUCCCCUGAGAAAAAUGCUGCCUCAGAAGCUGUGCUGGACAGGGCUUCCCUGCGUCCAUUCCUUCGUGAACUUCAUUUUGACGUAUUUUAUCUGCUGUUUAGGAAAAUGGCUCUCCCCUUAGAUUUAACAGUUGAGGGUCAGUUGACUCUUCCUGAAGUCGAAUUUCUGUUGACUGAUCUGAACUGCAAACUGGAACAUGUCUUUGGAACCAGCAACAAGCGAGCCUCAGUCCUUGGAAACUCUCAGGAAAAGAGUAUUGGUCACUCUCAUUUGGACCUCUUCUCUCCUGCUGAAGUUGCUGAGCAAAUAAUAAAGAUUCUGAAGCCUUUGUGUGUCCACUUGGAGAAAAUCAGCAUAUUCUUUCAUACGAUGAUUGCUGACAACGAUGGUGUCAUGGAUGCCCCGAUCAUGUACAACGAGAACAUCCAGCCGGUGAUUAAGGUGAACCUGCAGCUGUUCACUGCCCUGUACAACCUGCUCUCUUGGAAGGGAUUGCAGCAGGAGGGAAACAAAGAGAGCCUUUUAUCAAUCCUCCGUGUCAUUGCAAAGAAGCUUGAAGGAGAUGUUGUCAGUUCCAUGGGUCAAGAGGAACUUACCUCUGCUGUGUUCAGAUAUUUGUCCAACUUCCCUGCCAGUAUAGUGGAUCUGGGGACAGCCACAGUGCUGGUGCAGACCCUGGUGGCUGUCGCUGCUCUCCCUCACCAUGAAGACUACACUGACAGCCUCAUGCAAGUGAUUGAAGAGCUUCUGAAAAGAGAAUGGUACACAAAAAGAGGUGAGAAAGAGAAAGGAACACUCUUUCUACAAAACCUUCAUGUCCUGCUUCAGGAAUACUUGAAGCAAAGCAAGAACCCACUGAAGUUAAUGGAAAUUAUAUCUGUUGAAGGACUUCAACAAUUCCAAGCUGAUGCCAGCAAAGACCAGAAGUCUGAAAGUUUUCCAACUCUCAACAAGAAUUCUUUAUUUGUGUACCACAAAGCUGUCAUGUCCUUCUUGGUGAGUGGAACCAGCAAGUCACUGUCCAUUGUUGGGUCAACAUCAGGUGACAGCCGGGAGCGUUUGCUGGUGUGGAACAUGGCCAUCAAGAUCCUGCACAUCCAUGUCACCAUACUGAAGGACCACUACUCCAGACCAAUGCUGACCACCUGCUUGAAGUUUGCCAGGCCUUUUCUGCAGUUCUUCCUGCGCAGCGCCAUGCCCUUGAUGGACACCUGCUUCCGGGAGCACAACCAGGAUGUGGUGAUGCUGCUGAAGGGAGUCCAAGGCUCAACUAGAUACUUGCAGAAUUUGUGUACUCACUCUAAGGUUAAGCAAGACACAAGUCUGACCCGCUAUGUGCCGCCGCUGAGGAAGGCUUUGGAAACACUGGUGUAUCGUGUCACAAUGCUGGCCCUCAAUAAAUGCCAAAAGGCCUUCUGGAUGGGAAUCUUGAAGAACAGAGAUUUACAAGGGGAAGAAAUAUUAUCUCAGAGAGCCAUGGAAGAAUCAGAGGAAGAAGGCAAUGGAGAGGAAGAGGAGGAAGCGGUAGAAGAUAAUGAUGAGCAGUCUGAUAUUGAAAUUGAUGAUGCAGGAGAACAAGCAUCAACUGAUGAUGACAAAAUUACUGAUUAUAGUGAUAGUUUCUGAGCAUUGAGGAAGAAAGUUCAUGUUCCAUUAAGGAGGAAGGAAUAAAGAAUGCUGCUGUGAGGGAAGAGAGGAGUGGAUUCUUGAGUUCAAGGUACUGAAAACAAAACAAAUUGCCAUCAUCCAAAUUUAUACAUUCCAGUUACAGCUGAUGUUAUGGUUCUCAAAGAACUUAGAUCUUUUUAAUCCCAGGUCAUGUUAUUUGUUUUUAACUAGGAAAUGGGAAUUUUAUGUGGUAGCUACAUGUAUUAUUUAAAUAGAGGAGUUGAUUUUUUAUGUGUGAAUAUUCUGCAUUAUGAAUGGAGUUAUGAUUAAUAUCAGCAGUUUCAAAGACCAGUUCCACCUUGAAAAGGAUGACAGUCUGGAAGCAAGCAAAGAAGUAUUAUGAGGAUCACAAAUACCUCCACAGUUGUACUAUAUAUCCUAUACUAAUAUAUUUGUAUAAGUUCAA